AUGGAGCAAGACAGCGACCUGGUUUUUCCAGAUGGUGGUUGGCGUGCGUGGAGCGUCGUUCUUGGCUCUUGGUGCGCGAUGGUGCCCUCAUUUGGACUUAUGAAUACAAUUGGUGUGUUCGAGGCUUGGUUGGCAGACCAUCAAUUGAGACACUAUUCGAAAGCUUCCAUCGGCUGGAUAUUCAGCCUCUACAUGUUUUUCCUUUAUUUUGGAAGCGUGCAAGUUGGACCUCUAUUUGAUGCACAUGGUCUUGCGCCUUUGCUGAUCCCGGGAUGCGUUGGACUCGUCGCAUCCCUCAUGAUCUUCAGCGUUGCAGAAGAAUAUUACCAAUUCAUGCUAGGAUUCAGUGUCCUUGGCGGUAUCUCCUCGUCAAUGGUGUUCACCCCUAGCGUGGCUUGCAUAGCCCAUUGGUUUCUCAAGCGUCGUGCCCUUGCCACCGGAAUAGCCGCCACUGCUGGGGGUAUUGGAGGAAUUAUAUUUCCUGUCUUGAUCUCCAACCUCACGGAUAGUCUAGGCUUCCCUUGGGCUAUACGAAUUAUUGGGUUUAUAAGCGCGGCAUUCUGCUUUCUAAGUGUCGCGCUUUUGAGAACGAGACUACCCUUAAAUUCGGGACAAAAAGGGACAGUCGAUGUCAGAGCUUUGAAGGAACUGCCCUUCUCAUUGUUGACGGUGGCCAUCGUUUUGAUCGAUUUCGCUCUCCUGAUUCCAUUGACUUAUUUGCCAUCCUAUGCUCAAUCUCACGGCUUGGGGGAUUCUCUUGCAUACAACCUAUCGUCUAUCCUGAAUGCCGCGUCCAUCGUUGGGCGGAUUGUCCCUGGAUAUUGUGCCGACCGAUUUGGACGAUUUAAUGUGAUGAUUAUCACAACGUUUAUCUGUUCAGUGUUCACUUUUGCCCUAUGGCUUCCAUCCCAGUCUAAUCAGGCGGCCAUCUUGGCAUUUGCCGUGCUUUUUGGAUUUUGGAGCGGCACUGCAAUCAGCCUCUCCCCUGUUUGUGUUGCACAAAUAUCCAAAACUGAAGACUUUGGAAAGCGUUAUGGUACAACCUAUUUCUUCGUCAGUAUCGGGUCACUCAUCGCCAUUCCAAUUGCCGGCGAGCUUCUGAAAGUCCAGACAUCCACGGGCCAGGAUGACUAUACUGGCCUGAUAAUUCUUUGUGGGCUCGUAUAUUCUUGUGCAUGUGUCUUUUUUAUCUUAUCCAGGGGCGUGAGCGUUGGCUGGGGGUUGAAAAUUUUCUAG